CAUCUAAAUCAACAUCACCAUCAUCUUCACCUCAACCAAUAACACCUGCUCAAAUAUCUACAUCUGGAUCAACAACAACCACUGGACCAACAUCUUCAUCAACUACUGAAACAUCUAGAGUUCCAUCAACAACAACAACAACCUUUGUACCAACAUCUAUAUCAGCUACAACAACAUCUACAUCUCACUCACCACCCACUGAAUCAACAUCUGAAUCAACAACACCAACAUCUCCACCUCAAUCAACAACACCUCCUCAAACAUCUACAUCUGAAUCAACAAUAAUCCCUGCACCAACAUCUACAUCAACUACAGAAACAUCUAGAGUUCCAUCAACAACAACAACCCCUGCACCAACAUCUACAUCAGCUACAACAACAUCUACAUCUCACUCACCAACCACUGAAUCAACAUCUGAAUCAACAACAACCACUGAACCAACAUCUACAUCAACUACAGAAACAUCUAGAGUUCCAUCAACAACAACAACCCCUGCACCAACAUCUACAUCAGCUACAACAACAUCUACAUCUCACUCACCAACCACUGAAUCAACAUCUGAAUCAACAACAACCACUGAACCAACAUCUACAUCAACUACAGAAACAUCUAGAGUUCCAUCAACAACAACAACCCCUGCACCAACAUCUACAUCAGCUACAACAACAUCUACAUCUCACUCACCAACCACUGAAUCAACAUCUGAAUCAACAACAACCACUGAACCAACAUCUACAUCAACUACAGAAACAUCUAGAGUUCCAUCAACAACAACAACCCCUGCACCAACAUCUACAUCAGCUACAACAACAUCUACAUCUCACUCACCAACCACUGAAUCAACAUCUGAAUCAACAACAACCACUGAACCAACAUCUACAUCAACUACAGAAACAUCUAGAGUUCCAUCAACAACAACAACCCCUGCACCAACAUCUACAUCAGCUACAACAACAUCUACAUCUCACUCACCAACCACUGAAUCAACAUCUGAAUCAACAACAACCACUGAACCAACAUCUACAUCAACUACAGAAACAUCUAGAGUUCCAUCAACAACAACAACCCCUGCACCAACAUCUACAUCAGCUACAACAACAUCUACAUCUCACUCACCAACCACUGAAUCAACAUCUGAAUCAACAACAACCACUGAACCAACAUCUACAUCAACUACAGAAACAUCUAGAGUUCCAUCAACAACAACAACCCCUGCACCAACAUCUACAUCAGCUACAACAACAUCUACAUCUCACUCACCAACCACUGAAUCAACAUCUGAAUCAACAACAACCACUGAACCAACAUCUACAUCAACUACAGAAACAUCUAGAGUUCCAUCAACAACAACAACCCCUGCACCAACAUCUACAUCAGCUACAACAACAUCUACAUCUCACUCACCAACCACUGAAUCAACAUCUGAAUCAACAACAACCACUGAACCAACAUCUACAUCAACUACAGAAACAUCUAGAGUUCCAUCAACAACAACAACCCCUGCACCAACAUCUACAUCAGCUACAACAACAUCUACAUCUCACUCACCAACCACUGAAUCAACAUCUGAAUCAACAACAACCACUGAACCAACAUCUACAUCAACUACAGAAACAUCUAGAGUUCCAUCAACAACAACAACCCCUGCACCAACAUCUACAUCAGCUACAACAACAUCUACAUCUCACUCACCAACCACUGAAUCAACAUCUGAAUCAACAACAACCACUGAACCAACAUCUACAUCAACUACAGAAACAUCUAGAGUUCCAUCAACAACAACAACCCCUGCACCAACAUCUACAUCAGCUACAACAACAUCUACAUCUCACUCACCAACCACUGAAUCAACAUCUGAAUCAACAACAACCACUGAACCAACAUCUACAUCAACUACAGAAACAUCUAGAGUUCCAUCAACAACAACAACCCCUGCACCAACAUCUACAUCAGCUACAACAACAUCUACAUCUCACUCACCAACCACUGAAUCAACAUCUGAAUCAACAACAACCACUGAACCAACAUCUACAUCAACUACAGAAACAUCUAGAGUUCCAUCAACAACAACAACCCCUGCACCAACAUCUACAUCAGCUACAACAACAUCUACAUCUCACUCACCAACCACUGAAUCAACAUCUGAAUCAACAACAACCACUGAACCAACAUCUACAUCAACUACAGAAACAUCUAGAGUUCCAUCAACAACAACAACCCCUGCACCAACAUCUACAUCAGCUACAACAACAUCUACAUCUCACUCACCAACCACUGAAUCAACAUCUGAAUCAACAACAACCACUGAACCAACAUCUACAUCAACUACAGAAACAUCUAGAGUUCCAUCAACAACAACAACCCCUGCACCAACAUCUACAUCAGCUACAACAACAUCUACAUCUCACUCACCAACCACUGAAUCAACAUCUGAAUCAACAACAACCACUGAACCAACAUCUACAUCAACUACAGAAACAUCUAGAGUUCCAUCAACAACAACAACCCCUGCACCAACAUCUACAUCAGCUACAACAACAUCUACAUCUCACUCACCAACCACUGAAUCAACAUCUGAAUCAACAACAACCACUGAACCAACAUCUACAUCAACUACAGAAACAUCUAGAGUUCCAUCAACAACAACAACCCCUGCACCAACAUCUACAUCAGCUACAACAACAUCUACAUCUCACUCACCAACCACUGAAUCAACAUCUGAAUCAACAACAACCACUGAACCAACAUCUACAUCAACUACAGAAACAUCUAGAGUUCCAUCAACAACAACAACCCCUGCACCAACAUCUACAUCAGUUACAACAACAUCUACAUCUCACUCACCAACCACUGAAUCAACAACUACUGAACCAACAUCUACAUCAACUACAGAAACAUCUACAGUUCCAUCAACAACAACAACCCCUGCACUAACAUCUACAUCAGCUAAAACAACAUCUACAUCUCACUCACCA